AUAGCCGAAGAGACACAGACAUAGAGAGAUGGAGGAUAAUCAAAGUGUGUUAACAUGGGAAGAGGAAGAAGAACAUGUGAAGGUGGAUGUAUGGAAAUAUGUGUUCGGGUUCGUUGAAAUCGUAGUGAUAAAAUGUGCUAUUGAGCUCGGGAUAGCUGAAGCAAUUGAAACCCGUGGAAGCCCCAUGACCCUCUUAGAGCUCUCUUCUGCUUUAAGAUGCGAUCCUUCUCACAUUUACCGCAUCAUGAGGGUUCUAGUACAUCUCAAAAUAUUCAAAGAACAAACCACAAUCCAAUUAGGCUCCAAAAGUUAUGCACAAACACCUUUGUCCCGCUUAUUAUUGAAAUCUGGAGAAAAUAGCAUGGCGGAACUGAUCUUGCUGGAGAGUAGUCCGACAAUGUUGGCACCAUGGCACAGCCUAAGUUCCCGAGUUCAAGGAAAUCUUAGGAAUCCAGUGUUUGAGGAACUACACGGUAAGGACCUAUGGAGCUUUGGCGUGGCCAACCCUGAUCACAACAAACUCUUCAAUGAAGCAAUGGCUUGUGAUGCAAGGUUGGCUGUGCCUGCAUUGGUUAAAAGCUGUGUAAAGGUGUUCAAAGGGGUUGGCACACUAGUAGAUGUGGGAGGGGGUAAUGAGACUACAUUGCGCUUGUUGGUUGAGGCUUGUCCUUGGAUUCAAGGCAUCAACUUUGAUCUUCCUCAUGUUGUCUCUGAUGCUCAGAAGCCUGACCGCAUUGAAUAUGUUGGAGGCAACAUGUUUGAUUGUGUUCCGAAGGCUGAUGCUAUAAUUAUCAAGUGGGUUCUUCACGACUGGGGAGACGAUGAUUGCAUCCGUAUCCUGAAGAAGUGCAGGGAAGCUAUUCCUAUAGACAAAGGGAAGGUGAUCAUCGUAGAAGCUGUUAUUGACGAAAAAGAUGAGAAAGCAAACUCAAAGUUAAAAAAGGCGAGACUGAUGCUGGACAUGGUGAUGAUCGCCCAUACUGGCACAGGCAAAGAAAGGACCAUGGAGGAAUGGGAAUAUGUUCUUGGGGAGGCUGGCUUUAGUCGACACACAAUCACACCUAUUCAUACCAUCCAAUCUGUUAUUCAAGCUUUUCCUUAAAUUUAAAGAAUACAAUGUUAAGGGUGUGGAUUUGUAUUCUCAAAUAAGUGUUUCCUUGUAUUUUUCCAGUUACUUUGUGGUGUUUUUCCUGUUGAAACUUGUAAGAUUGUCAAAAUUGUUAAGUUAAUUACCUAUUACUCUUGCUUUGUGUAACCUGUAUGUAGUGUUUCGAAGAUUGGCAAUAAAUUUUAUGAAAUGAGUUGUGGCUGCUA